AUGAGCGCCCAAGACCACGACGCACCCUCUGUCAAAGACCCCAGGAUCGCAUCGUCCGCCAACUCGACCAUCGACGAGGACGACGCUGCUCUCCAAAAAUGGGGUCCUCAUCUCCCCAUUCUACUCUCCCCAUUCUACUCUCCCACCUCCGCAUCCAUCUUCAACUACUCCAUCGUCAUCUGGGGCGCCGCCACCAUAUUUGGGUUUAUCAGCUGGCUGGUGACGAGCCCCGAGACGUGGUUGCAUCAGGAACGGGUGGAGAGGAUGAAGGAGGUGGCUGGUGGGGAGGAAAAGGGUUCGAGGUUUGGGGUGGAGGGGGAGAAGAAGGAGGUGGUGGGGGAGAAUGUCGGGAUUAGCGGGGCGUAA